AUGCCUCAGGACUCCAUGUCAGCCGGAUACAUGCACAACUUCGUUGAUUCGGUUAACAUUGUAGAAUUAACACCACGAUCGGCUCUGCACGGCCAAGAUAGCAGCUCCCUUGUUCGAAACGCAGAAGUCUUUUCUAGCAUUUGUGUAAGAUCGGUUGAUUGCCCUUAUGUCGUAUCAGUUGUUCCCGAGUACCUCUGGAUGAACGCUGUCACCUUCUAUAGCGUGCUGUUUGACUGGAUACUUGACCAUGUUACUGACUACAACAUGUUUAUCAUCCAAUCAGUGGCAACAUGUAGCGCUCUCAUAUGGCUUUUAUUUCGUGCCUGGCAAACUUUGUGGAAACCCGUGCCCGAGCUUAUUAGUAUUCUUGGGAUCGAAGUUCCUGAUCCACCCGAAGUAUCUCUAGCCAGUAUCAAGCGAGAUGCCAUAACCCUAUACUGGUCGAAACCGGAGCCGCAAAAGCCAGUGGUUAAAUACUAUAUUCAGGUGAACGGAGUCAAUGUGGGAGAAACUUCACGAUUGGAGACAGCUAUAACUGUCACAGGGUUACGACCAGGGCACUUUUACAAUGUCAGAGUGAUUGCUGUUGGCCCCAAUAACUUUCAGGCAGGAAGCUUGGUAAUACGACUGCGCACUUACGGCAAAGAUGGACGGCCUAUGCUUGGUAACCGGCGCUCAUAUUCAAAUCCUACAUCAGAAAAUUUUGAAAAUGACAUAGGUGAAGAAUCCUCCAACCGCGGACAGGCUGUAUGUCUAGAAGCUACCGCUCUUCCAGAAAACCUUUCUGCUACCCAUAGAGAUACAGCUACAGGAGCUGUUGGGAAUCGCAACUCUGGACAGCGAAGAAACACUGGUGGGACACCUAACGGGAGAAAAUAUUCCUCAUCUACUGUCGGAAUCGAACCAGCAAUCCCAUCCUUAGAGCUAGUCAAAGAAUCGAGAGAGCCAAUGCACCAUCUAACAGCACAAUUGGAGAAUGUCAAUCAAGAGCGAGAAAAGAUAGCAGUAGAGAUGGCAAAAGAAUCAGAAGAAUUCAAAAACCAGCUUACUGAGCUAUGUCGGGAAAAAGAUGACAAAAAACAAACUUUGAAAGAGAGGGAAGAGGCAAGUGAAAAGUUAAAGAAAGAAGUCAAUUAUGCAGAAAGAUUAAAUCGACAGGCUCAGACGCGAAAAUCUCAAAAAGAAAAGCUCCUCAAAGAGAAGGUUGCGGAGCGCUCUAAGAUGGAAGAGGAUAUGAAACGAUGGAAAAAAGAAAUUGAAGAUAUGAAGUCUGAAAGGGGUAGAUGGCUAGGGGAGAAGGAUAAGUUUGAUAAAAAGAAGCUAAUAAAAACGGCUGAACUAAGACAAGAAAUAAAACAGCGGCAAGCUGCGCUGAACGCAAUUGAAGAGGAUAUUAGAAUCAAAGGUUUGCAAAUCAAGCAGCUUGAGCAGCAUCGUACGCACAUACUUUCUUGCGACGAUGACGAAGGAUCACGCUCCAGAGAUGAGCAUGAAGAUCGAGAAUGGAAUAAUACUGAAAAGGCUAUGACUGCUGAACUUAACGCUAAAUCCCGUCAACUCAGGGAUAUUGGAUCAAAUCUUCAUCAACAACAAGCUUACCUCACAACCCUUCAGCAGAGAAAUUCUGUCAUUUUCCACGGAAAUUUCUCAAAUAUCGAUUUCGAACCUCUCGUUCCCGAAGAUAAAGAAAAGUCACUAAAGCCCCGAAAUCAAAAAACUCAAACUAUUCACUCAGCCACAUCACGACGCCCCGUCUCAGAUACUUCUUUUCAUGCCUUUGGAAAUCAAUCACCACUUUCUUUUGCACCAGGACCUUACAUGGAUAUAGCUAAUGAUGCUACUCCUGCACAGUCUUCAGACCAAUUUGACCAUAUUAUUGAUGAAGACCACUCUUUGUUAACUGCUGGUGCUCCCUUAAGUCCAACAGCAACAUCUCUGCUACCUUCAAAUAUAUUCGCUGAUGAAGAUCUUCCAAGUCCACUUCCUGAACCGUUAGAACUAUGCGGCCCAAUAAUACCUGAUCAGAUGAUCAUAUCAAACAUAGACCAUAGUCCACAGCUACCAAAAUCUCCCAAUAAACCAGAGGGUCACAUUACCAGUCCACGAGCCUCAUCGCAAAAUAUUCCUAGACAUGAUGCCACUACUUUUAGCUCUAGAGAGAAUGACUCUUCUUUUAACUUUCAAAAUUCAGGCUUCGGUGCCAUUGGAACAGCGGUUUCAAGUAAGCAUUCUACCCACAAAGGAAUCCGAGAUUUGUUUUCCCUAUCCAAAUCCAAAACUAGAGAAACGGUAUCUAAUGGGCCUUCAUUGGGAUCACUUAAACCAAAUCAGAGUAGUUCAUUCCCAAGGUCUAUUGAGGAAACUGGGGCUACCGGGAACAAACAACGACGCGUUACCUUUUCUUCAACCUGGUCGGGAUUGUUGCACAGGACUUUGCCCACCGAAGAGUCUUCUGCAGAUAACAAUAUAUCACCCUCGACUUCCAGGAAAAUUCGGCACAGCAUCUUAGGUUCUGGUUUUGAUGAGCAAAAUGGCAACGACAUCAAUUCUUCAAGUCCGAGACCACUUUCCGUUGCAUCCUCAGACCUUCCUCGCCCAUCUACCGAUUCUGCGCCGUUUGGUUGGAGUCCUGCUCAAGACAAUUUGAUUUCUGGGAAUGUCCCGUUAGCAACGAAUUGGUUUCUUUACGGCUCGAAUCAUGUAUCCCUCCAGCAUCAAACUGCAUGGUCCAACAGUCUCACAGGUAAGCCAAACCGUCGAUAUGAUACUAGUGCAGCUUUCUCUUCGAGAAUUGUCAGCGAGAAUGAUGGUUUCCUGCCUCCUUCAGACUCUCUCACUCAUCAAUACGGCCAGUCUGUCACCAUUAGCGCUAUCGGCACCAAAACUCCGCCAUUGAACCAAACUAUCAGUGCCCCAAAGCUCAAUCCAGCCGCACCAGCUUUUCAUGGAUUCGGGUUCAGUCAGUAUGAUAAAACUCUAACAGAGCAAAGAUCACAGAUGAACCCAGCAAAAGAAGCAGAUUCCUCAGAUCUAGAUUAUGCAGCCUUAGGCCACGCAAAUACUACAUCGUCUUCCACCUCUCUUCAAUCGCGUCAUGCUCAAUCAGUUUAUACGCAGGCUGACCAUGCCGAAUCUCAAGUUAGCCUCGAGCGUAGAAGUAGUAAAUCCACUUCUGAGAUAACACAAAGUGCUAGUUUUAAGGACAAAGAUGAGUCAUCACUACAUCGUCUUUUUCGUAAAGGUAGUUCUAGCAAGUUUAGUAUUUCUACAUUUCGUAACAAGGAGACAACUAUUUUUAGCGGCAACAAGAAGUCCAGUAGCAGUAUAGUCAAUUUAGAAUGUAAUUUGCCGGUUGAAAGAGAAAGAAAUACGGAGCCAUAUUUCGACGACUCUUACAGUAAAGCCCUCGACAGUGUUGCAGGCAACCCUGUGCUGGGUUGCAGAAAUAUUCCUAGCGAAUGGACGCAAGCUAAAGACAAGGAUUCGUUAAAUUUAAAGGAAGGGCGACUUAAUAAGAGCUGGAGUAGGCUAGGAAUUAGGGGUAAGAGAGGUAAAGAUGGCGGAGGGGAUGAAGGGCUGAUGAUAGAUAACGAAUUUUGA